AUGGCGCAGUCGACGAUCCAAGACGAUGAAGACUGGACGAAGGUUCAGGAAUCGAGACAGAAGAUACGUAAAAGGCUUGAGCAGCUUGGAGCUGCUGUUGCGGCAGGAUCUCUGGGACUUCCGAAGAAUGUGAAGCAAGGGUUGACGCCGACAUCAAAUUCUCUUGAGUCCGAGAGUCAGACCACAGAAGUCUGUGAAGCGGCAAACGAUGGCAUGAUGCUGGAUCAGCCUCUGGGCAACCAGAUCGAUGAUGCUUUCAACAUGUUCCUGUCUUCUGACUCAGUGUCAGACCUGGCAGAGUCUACAGUGGCGGAGCACUGCAGCCAUGAGUAUCAACUCCUCGUAUCUUGUGGCCCGCAAAGGAUUCAAGACAGCAUCAGUUUGAAGCUACAUGCCGGCAACGCCAGACGAAGAUUCUUCGAUUUCACGUUCGUCUCACCCGCCUCUACCGAGCACCAGGGUUCCGACCUCCGUUUCGAUCAUGGCCAUCCUCAGAUUGCCUAG